GUCCUUGGCCUUCCCAGCAGGCUGAGAAGCAGCUGCUGCGGAACGAUGGACCUUGGGGUCGGCGGCUUCUCUGAGGAGCAGUUCCGGGAAGCCUGCGCUGAGCUUCAGCAGCCCGCACUUUCCGGGGCCGACUGGGAGCUGCUGGUGGAGACCUUCGGUAUCAGCAUCUACCGGCUGCUGGACCAGCAGACUGGAUUGUAUGAGUAUAAGGUCUUUGGCGUUCUGGAGGAUUGCUCACCGGGUCUACUUGCAGAUGUCUAUGUGGACUUAGACUAUAGAAAACAGUGGGACCAAUAUGUUAAAGAACUCUAUGAAAAAGAAUGCAAUGGAGAAGCAGUGGUCUACUGGCAAGUCAAGUACCCUUUUCCCAUGUCCAACAGAGAUUACGUCUAUGUGCGACAGCGGCGAGAGCUGGACCAUGAAGGACAGAAGAUCCACGUGAUCCUGGCCCAGAGCACCCCCGUGCCACAGUUUCCAGAGAAAUCGGGCGUGAUUCGGGUGAAGCAGUACAAGCAGAGCCUGGCGAUCCAGAGCGAUGGCAAGAGGGGGAGCAAAGUUUUCAUGUAUUACUUCGAUAACCCAGGUGGCCAAAUUCCGUCCUGGCUCGUUAACUGGGCUGCCAAGAAUGGAGUUCCUAACUUCUUGAAAGACAUGACGAAAGCCUGUCAGAACUAUCACAAGAAAACCUAAGGGAAGGAAUUGGGAGCCUUGUGUCUGUGGAAUGAUGUCUCCGGAAGUGCCACAACCGCCAGCGCUCAGCCUGCCUUUCACUUUUUUGUCCUCAGAGUCUUGCAUGCUCUCCAGCAUGUUGUUCCCAAGUGUGUUUGCCUGAUGCCCGGCUUCCUUUCCCACUCUCCCUUCCCCAGGACCCACUGCCUUCUUCCGCUGUUGAAUGUGGGUCAGAUUAGGGAAACUUUUGCUUGUUUAUUUUUAAAAAGGGGAGUCCUCAGUAAGGAACACAGUCAAUCCAUUGUGCCAUUCUAGGGAGAUCUUGGGUGGAGGACUGACAACACCAUCUAAGAGUGACUGAUCCUGGCAAGCUGGCUCCUUCCCACAUGUGAUUUCUUGCAACCCAGGGAGGUGAUUUCCUGCUGAAGUUGCAU